UGUCCGAAUAGGGGCUUUCAAUCUAACUAGACUAAUAAAACUAGACCAUAAUUUUAUAUCAAGAAAGUAAAAUUAAUAUUAUUUUCUUCUUUCUUUCUAUCUAUAUACUGGAUUAAAAAGUACUCACCUUUAAAGUAAAAAUAUGUCUGUUUGUAAAAGUGGUGAUAGUGAACUAGAUGCAGCAGUAGAAAGGUGGCUUAAAUAUGAUAAGAAUCCAAUAACAAAACAAGAAGUUUUGGAUGACAUACAUAACUCACAAUGGAGAAAAUUAAGGAAAACAAUGUUGAAGCGUCAAAAAUUUGGCACUGCAGGUUUGAGAGGUCGUAUGGGAGCUGGUUUCUCAUGUAUGAAUGAUGUCGUAGUCUUACAGACAGCUCAGGGCUUAUGUUCAUACCUAAAAAGGGUAUGUGAACCUCACAAGUUAGAUAAUGGAAUUAUUGUCGGAUUUGAUGGAAGAUAUAACAGCAAGAGGUUCGCAGAGCUGACUGCGAAAGUAUUUACCUCGGCCUCCAUACCGGUGUGUCUCUUCUCCUCGGUAUGUCCCACUCCACUCGUAUCAUUCACCACGAUAGUCCUGGACGCGGCUGCCGGGGUCAUGGUCACUGCUUCCCACAAUCCCAAAGAAGACAACGGAUACAAAGUGUACUGGGGUAAUGGAUCACAGAUCAUCACUCCCCACGAUGACAAUAUACUGGAAGAGAUCCUGAGCUGUUUAGAUAUACCGGACAAGCAUUGGGACAUCGACGAUAUCAGAAGUGAUGCCCUCGUGACUGACAAACUCGAAGAUAUGACGUCACAGUACAUGCAGUACAUUCGCGAUAGCCUGCACGAUGAUGUGCUCGUGGAGAACCGGAGGCAAGCGCUCAGUACUGUGUACAGCGCUAUGCAUGGAGUUGGCUACGAAUACGUGCUGAAGGCCUUUGAAGCAGCUAACUUGAAGGCGCCACUAAGUGUGAUCGAACAGCAAGAUCCAAAUCCCGAUUUCCCAACAGUUAAGUUUCCCAACCCGGAGGAACAGGAAUGUUUGGAACUGAGCAAGAGGCUGGCUGACCAGAACGGGGUUCAACUCAUCGUAGUCAACGAUCCAGACGCAGAUAGGCUUGCGGUCGCUGAAUAUAAUAAGAGGGAAAAGUCAUGGAAAGUAUUCAGCGGUAACGAGAUGGGGUCAUUGCUUGGUUGGUGGAUACUGAAGCAGCAGAAGCGUGAAGAGUCCACCCGCGAGCUCUACCUGCUGGCGAGCUUCGUCAGCUCUCACAUGCUGAGGGCCAUCGCUGGAGACAGCGCCACCUUUUUGGAGACGCUCACCGGCUUCAAGUGGAUGGGUAAUAAAACACUUUUACUGAAAGAAGAAGGCAAGAAGGCUAUCUUUGCAUACGAAGAAGCGAUCGGAUAUAUGUGCAGCCCCGUCGUGCCAGACAAGGAUGGUGUAUCAGCUGCUGUGCAGGUGGUGUCCAUGGCUUCUCACCUGAACGCUGAAGGCACCACUCUACAAGACCAGCUCCACGAUUUGUACCGCCAGUUCGGCUACCAUGUGUCUUUCAACUCUUACUUCAUAGUGGAGGACCCGGCCGUUGUCGCCAAGAUAUUUUAUAAAAUACGAAACCAUGGUUCAACUCACAGUUAUCCGAAAUAUGUGGGCUCCUGUGAAAUAGGAUCGAUAAACGAUUUCACUGCUGGAGUUAGAAUACCAGACGAUGAAAGAGACAACAGCAAAAGUGAUGCUGUCGGUACCGGCUUGGAUCAAAAGUACACGAGCGGUGAAAUGAUAUCUUUCCGAUGUCACAAUGGACUGAGAGUGAUAAUACGAACCAGCGGCACUGAGCCCAAGCUGAAAUACUACACAGAGCUCGUGUGUGACGCGCCUACACGCAGCGAACAGGAAGCCAAAAAGUUAGAACUGGAAGCCAUGGUUAAAGAGUUCAUCAACGAAUUAAUUCAGCCACAACUCUACUCUCUGGUUUUUUAAGACCUUCAACUUCAUCCGUCAAAAGAGGGGUUCCAUCAGCUAUCUAUCAUCUUUGGUUCAUAAUUUGUACAGUUUAUAGCAAUCUAAAUGAAAAAUGUGGAAUUGAUUGCAAAAAAAAAUUAAAAUGCCAUAUUUAUGCCACAAAUUUUUAUCCUGUUUUAAGUGUUGAUGUUUAUGUUAAAUUUUGCGAUUAAUAUCUUCAAGUGCAUAGCACGAUAAUCAACGAAUAUUAUUCAUUCCUUAACGAUAUUUGUUUAUGUUUCUGAAUAAAAUCUCGAAAAACA